AUGAAUCUCUUCAAGCGCAAGUCCUCUCGCGGUGUUCCGCAAAAGCAACCUCCCUCUAGAAGACCCACACUACUCGUCGCUGCGCCCACUGUUCCCCCACCAACGACCAUCACCAACUCUGCUUUGGACACGCCCACCUCUUAUUCCUCUCUCCUUUUAGACGAUAGCAACAUCACGCCGUCGCCAUCGUCUCCAGAAUCUCAACAUCGCAAACCAGCUAUUGGCAGGAAAAUCUUGAACGACCAGAACGCGAACGGCAGUCGCAGGUCAACAUCGUCUCGCUCCCAUGCCUCCCAAAGCAACUGCGAUCUGCCUUUGUUCUCUCAACCAAAUGUUGUCACACCCACAUCAAAAGACGGUAAUGAUCGCAUGUAUCUCCAGAAUACACUCAAUACCUUUACUUUUGGCGCUGCCCCACCCUCCUCGUUCUCAUCAAGAUCAGUCGACCCCCUUACUCGACCUCGUGAUGAAACAGACUCAGACGAACUCAUUUACAAAGCCGAUACCACUCCUCGUCCAUCUGUUGUUGGGCCACAGCCAUCCUGCAGUCAUUCCUCGCAAUCACACAGUGCGGCAGGUGGGGCUCAGCCCUCCCAUUCACCGUCGUCCGUCAGAGCACGCCGAGGCCGUUUACAAACAAAGGACACGGAUACAGCGUCUUGCCAUACUUUCGGCCAGUCAUCGGCUUCCGCAUCCGUUUCUUCUCUCUCGAGUGCGAGCGGCUUGAGUUCAUUGGCGAAUUCACAGAUCAGCCCACAGUCAAACAACACACCCCAAACGUCGACCAAUGAGCUCAGCUCUGAUGAUGAUAUCGAUCACCGUCAUCCCUUGCCUCCCAAUUUUGUACCCUCCAGGCGUUCUGGUGCCGAAUCCUCUACUUAUCUCUCAGAGGAAGAUUUUGACGACGACUCUGACUUUGAUCAGGAUGACCAAGAAAUCUACGUGGGUUCCGUGAAUGAGGGAAGCGACCGUGCCACCUAUUUCGAUCAUGUCAGCCCGAGUCAAGAGAGUUUGCACGAUAGCUUUCGGAUGGCAUACGGCGAAAGGAGAGGAAGCUUGGCUAUCGCUACUUCAGGCAUGCCUUCAAGUAGAUUCCACGUUCAAGGCCGUUACCGCGAGGACAGUACCACAACGUUAAGAAGGCCGAGUAAAAGUUUGGAGUAUCUGCGAUCUUCUGACAUGGGUGGACCUUCUCAUCCAACCGAAGAGGUCCUAGCACCAACCUCCGUUCCACAAAGUGAAGGAGAUUGGCGUGAUCUACGGAAGAAAUCGUUACAGCGGGACAAGGAUGCCGUGCUACCCCUCGUAACGAGUCCUAUGGCGGCCGGCAUCACGCCUAAUCCUACACCUGCCUCAGCGAAUGACAGUGCGAUGUCGGGCAUUGAUACUGCCUGGAAUAACUGGGCGGGUGGCAUCACUGGCUUCGAUCAAUCAGAAAUGAAUGAUAUUAUUGCUCCUAUGCCCACAGGGCGCCGACCGUCUGAGCGCGUGUUGCGGAGGGAAAGUACCACCAGUGAACGUCGUUUAAGCGUCGUUUCUUGUAAUAGCGGCGAUUUCUUCCACAAAACGUUGGCACGCAAAUGGGGCGGAGAAGGUUAUAAGAACCAGCAACAGAAGUGGACUUUCCAGAGGGAAAAAGCUGAUCGUCUGCGAUCUGAGGAUGAGCCAAGGAUGAGGGUUGACCGAGAGAGGCACAGCAUUUCUAAUUUUUUCGGCCCCCGCCCAAGCACUGCUCCCACUCCAAGUGCUGGUAUUUUUGAUGCGCUUGACCCAAGGGACAAGGCAUCUGGAAAGGAAAAGGCCAAGGAGCAACAUUGGAGAGGGAUGGCUGUAGACGCGGAGGAAUGGUGGUUCAGCCAUACAAAUGGGCGUUACAAAGUUAAUCGAAAGAAUGCUCAAGCUGUCGAGCCGGGGAAGGCACCUCAACAGCGGUUGAACAUUACUCAUCAUCGAACACCAUACACGAACCAACGCGAUCUGUCUGAUGGCCCCAUCGCUAGCAUCCAUAAACACUCAAAGGCCGUUGCCUUCUCGAUAAGUCGCCACUACCGCAUGACGUCAAAAACGACCGCAUCGUCUUUGCGACCACCCACAACUUCCCGCAUGCCUAGCACCCCAAAUAAUGUUGAUGCAAACCGAAAGAAAUCCACGAGCAUGAUUCUACUAGGUCCGCGUCGAGUUCAAGAAGCGUAUACCAGCACAACUACUACAAGGAAGCUGGAAUCGCAUGGUCUCCUAGAUGAGAGCGGGCGUACUAGCCCGCGAGAUCUAGAAAGGAUGAAGCGUGAACGGGACAACGAAAGGAGAGCGAAGGAAAAGGGCAAAAAGAAGGAAACGGAGGACGCAAAAAAGUCGAGAAGCAACAAGUCUAAGAAGUCUGACCGCCCAAAGCAGGACUUCAGCUCGGAGAGUAGCGUCAGUAGCGCAGGAGGUGCUAUUUCCAGUGGCGGUAGCUUGACGCUUGUGAGUGGGCCGUCUCGUAUUGCGGACUCCUCCCCAGCUGGCAAUAUCGUAUACUCUACCGCAUCGACCUCCCGUUCAAUCAUGACUCAAGAAACGACAACGACUUCAUCCGAUCGCACCGUCUCUCGCGGGCGAUACCGCCGUCACGUAGGGGACGAUGAAGACGAUGACGAUUUGUUUACCGGCAUCAAACGGCCCACUCGUACGCCUCAUCAGGAAGUAUACGAGACAAUACUCCAUGACAGCUCGGAACCGCCCUCGUCGCAAGAGAAUGGCUUCGGCAGCUUAUUUAGCUGGGGAAAACAAAGGAAUGCCUCAAAUUACAAAGCCAAAUCGUACAAGCCCCCUUGGGCGGUCGCCCCUUCUCGGCACAACUCUGAGGUCCGUAAAGGCAUUGUAGACGACCUUAACACGUCUUUUCAAGAUGUUGGGCUUCUUCCCGCCCUUCACGAGAUCAAAGGCACCCACCACAGCUCACAAAAACGCAAACGCGAGCAACAAAACUCGAAAAAUUCGAGACGUCUCACGAGCGAUGCAGCACAAGCCGACAUUUUCGAAGAUAUUCCUACGGACUCUUUAUAUAUGCUUCUCCCUCUCUGGCCGGGUGAAACGGAUGCAAAAUCGGCACAGAAGUAUCCCUACACGAUGCCAACGAUCUCCACUGACAGUCGACAAUAUUUACUUAUAUACUACAAAGUCCCUUUCCAGACGCACGCUGAGCAGGAGCAACAGAAAGUCAAGCAGACUGGGGGCAAGAAUUCGAAACGUGCGCGCAACUCACCAACGUCAUCACACGACUCCGUCAAAAAUCGCGAUCACGUCCUACUCACCACGUUCCACAUCAGCGCUCGCGUUGUUGCAUAUCACGAUCUACAAGGAUCAGGCGUUCGCAUUCCCGACCAGGGCUUGGCCGUUCAGGGCCCGCUAGCAGAUGCAUAUGGAAGCAUGCCAACUUCCAUUCGCGACCAGGGUCUUGUUGACUGGGUCAUUGGCGUAUGUCACUCGCGUGAAGCGGGCAUCGAAUUUCUGCCUGAAAGUCUAGAGAAAAUGGGCUUGUGUCGCAGCUUCCCAAACUCUCCUGCGUUAUCAACCCGUGCUCUCAGAAAUGAAGAGGAUGAAGAAGUGGAGUCGGACCUUGUAAUGACACCAAUUGGGCGUGCCGUUAUCGAAAUGGCUUGGUUGGGUGGGAUGGCUCUCACCAGCUUUGGACCAGGCAUCUAG